AUGAACGAAUCAGGAUGCAAACCCGCCGGUCGCGAGGCUGCUCAAACUACUGUUGACCACUACGACGGCCAAGAUAUUAUGAUUCUUACCCCCAAUGGAGCCAAAUACAUACGUGGUGUAUGUAUACUCCAGACUAUCGGUACACCUGAGAACUCGAGCAAGGACAAGCCUAAUCAAUUCGAGGCCAACACCAUGAAGACCAUCAACACACACCUGAGCGUUCUGAAGGAUGUUAUAUCAAAACAACCGAUCGUUAUAACUGCGGAAGGACUCGGCUACCAUGGAGGAGUACAAAUACCGCGGAACCAAUUGUCUACCUUGUGCUUACUCAGAACCGCUCUCAGGACGAUGGUUGAUGGGAGACCAAACCUCUUGUUCGAUCGAAUGAAACCAGAUGAGAUGCCCAAGUUUCAAGACAUGUCAAUGCGCGAACUCGCCGACUGGCGACUUGGUGUCUUGAUUCAAACCCCCGAAGCCGGUGUUCAUUUCAACCGCGUGUUCAACUUGAAACGCACUCAAGAAGGCUUCAGUCAUGUCUCUUAUCCUGUUCCUUUCACAAUCAAUAUGUCCAACGAUAUCGAUGAGAUGAUCAUUAGUUCAGAAUACGACCACAAGUUCAUAUUACGUUGCAUCUCACUAGCAGAAGAAGCUGCAAUCCACAAUCGAUCAAAGCUUGCUCCAAGCUUAUCAGAGUUGCACGGUAUAUACUUGUGGGACACUAGAAAAUGGGCAUCAACUUUCCCCGAUGCCGUCGGGAAUGUUGGAACUCAUGAUGGCGUCCAAAGUUCGUUGAGCGAAUCCGGACAUUUGGAAAAGCAUCUGCUGAAAAUCCACACCUUAUCAGAAGGUCAAGUCAAUCAUCAAUACAAACACCCAAGAACUGCAAAAAGCGUCAGCAACUUCAAUAUCCUUCCCGCCAUUCGCCAAAGCGCAAACGUGGUAAUGGGCACCGCUGUCAGUCGGAGUUUUGCCGCCUAUCUUUUGAUCCGAUAUGAAGCUGUUGAAGUCGGCUGA